CUGAAACAAAAAGUGCUGGUGCAGUUUAUACACGGUGGGGAAGAUAUGAAUGUCCACAGAACGAUACGGAACUUGUUUAUAAAGGUUUUACAGGGAGUAGUUAUUACACACAUACGGGUGGCUCGGUCAACUACAUCUGUUUGCCUUACGAUCCUUUAUGGGGCAAGUAUAAUGACGUCAUAAAGAACGACAAUCAGAAUUUACAUGGUGUAGAGUAUGCCGCAAAUAGUAUAAACAUUAAUGGAACGCCAUUUGACAGCAAACUUCGAGGACAUGGCGUCCCUUGCGCUGUUUGUCGGAGCACCAAGCGAAGCUCGGUUUUAAGAAUUCCAGGCAGGAAUAAAUGUUUUAAAGACUGGCAUCUAGAGUACGCUGGCUAUCUAAUGGCUGACAAAUUCACUCAUGCGUCAGCGACGGAGUACGCAUGCGUCGAUGAACAACCAGAGAAGUCCAAGACGGGUCCUGUUUCGAAGGGAGGUAAAUACUUCUCUCCGGUAGAAGCAUAUUGUGGGGAUUCGCUUCAAUGUCCGCCAUACGUACAUGGAAGAGAAAUUACCUGUGCCAUAUGCACAAAGUAAGGAGGAAACUCAAUCAGUGAAGUUUCUGAUAAUGGUUCCAGUUUGCUUCGAUGUACAAUUCAAAUUUUUAAUAUUUUGUUUUCAUUUUAAUAUACUUCUUUCAAUGUUGGUUUCAUAAAUACAGUACUUCCUGGAUAAUUGGUCUUUAUUAAUAUUAUUUACAUACUGAGAAAAAGAAAACUAAUUUCAAUAAACAAAGUAAUAAAAUCAAGAUGUAUUUCCGAAACACUGCGUGAUACCCCCGUAUGGCAACGUAGAAAGAUUAAACUUUUCUGUAAUGCAAAUUAAAUAUUUUGGCUCCCACAGUAUAAAGCCUUCUCACAAGAAAUACAGUUGUGAAAUAUUAAAGUCCUAGCGCCACCUGUUCAAAAGUUAAGACCAAGGAUUAGUUUUGGAAAGGUAGGUUAAACUCCAGGGUCAAGGUCA